AUGUCGCUCUGUUAUGUAACAGGAUGGGGAGCUAACCAGACCGAAGGAAACGAUUCUUCAGAAUUACUUGGUGCUUGGAUUCCUCUGAUAGAUUCUUCAGUAUGUCAAAGUAAUUAUGCAGAACCAGGAAAACCAGACAGAAUCACUGAUAGAAUGUUAUGUGCUGGUUCUGCAAAAGGUGACGGUUUUUGUCACGGUGAUUAUGGUGGUCCAUUAGUUGACAAAAACAGGAAACUUAUAGGGAUUGUAUCCUGGGGUACCCAUUGUGGUCAAUCUGAUAAACCGGGAGUUUACACAAAAGUAAAUCAUCCAGAAAUUCUAGAGUUCAUUUUGACGAAAUCUAGUGAUUAAAAAUAUCAUAUCAAAAAUAAUU